AUGGCAAAAGCUAAAGAGGAGGGAAUCACCGACAAGGCCUUGCUUGACGCCGAGCACGAGCUCUGGAGAACCUCCUUCUCCUACAUCAAGUCCAUGGCCAUCAAGUCCGCGCUAGACCUUCGUCUGGCCGACGCCAUUCACCACCACGGCGGCUCCGCCACCCUCUCCCAGAUAGUCGCCAGGGUCACGCUGCACCCCUCCAAGAUCUCCUGCAUGCGCCGCCUCAUGCGCGUGCUGACUCUAUCAAGCGUCUUCACCAUCCAGCCGGACGGCGGAGGCGGCGAGCCCCUGUACGCUUUGACACCGCUGUCCCGCCUCCUCGUCGGCUCCCAGAACUCGGCCUCCAUCAUGGCCUUCGUGCUGAACCCCGUCCUCGUCACCCCCUUCCUCGGGAUCGGCGAGUGGUUCCAGCACGCGCUGCCAGACCCCUCCUUCUUCGAGCACACGCACGGCAAGGCCUUGUGGGAGAUGGCCGGGCACGACGCCGCGCUAGACGUGCUCGUCAACAGCGCCAUGGUCUCGGACAGCCGCUUCAUCAUGGACAUCGCUGUCAGGGAGGCCGGCGACGUUUUUCGUGGGUUGAGCUCCCUGGUCGACAUCGGCGGGGGCCUCGGUGCAGCGGCGCAAGUCAUCUCAGAGGCAUUCCCGCAUGUGGAAUGCAGCGUGCUGGAUCUUGAGCACGUCGUUAGCAACGCGCCCACCGGCACCAACGUUAAGUACGUCGCCGGCGACAUGUUUCAGAGCGUUCCACCGGCGAACGCUGCCUUUCUCAAGUCGGUUCUUCAUGACUGGGAUGAUGAGAAGUGUGUCCAAAUACUGAAGAGUUGCCGGAAAGCUAUCCCUCCAAGAGAGGCGGGAGGAAAGGUGAUAAUCGUUGAUAUAGUGGUCGGAGCAGGACAUAGUGGCAAGAAGCACAAAGAGGUGCAUGCUUUGCUCGAUCUUUACAUCAUGUUUAUCAAUGGCAUUGAGCGAGAUGAGCAAGAGUGGAGCAAGAUAUUCCUAGAAGCUGGGUAUAGCGAUUACAAUAUUAUACCGGUUCUAGGGUUCCGGUCGAUCAUCGAGGUCUAUCCCUGA